UGGCUUAGCUACAAACUUCAGCUUUCAUGAUUUACCAUUGUAAUUCCAAUAAUAAAAAAAGGAAAAAACAAACAUAACAAAUUUUCUCUAAAUUAUAUGAUGGCCACCUCAUUAUUCACCGAUUGCAGCAGUAUGCAGGGCUCCACCACUAGUUCAUCUAGUGACAUGAUGACUCUUACCACUGCGGCAUCUUCAUGGUGUGCUAUACCAGCCUCAACGCGCAUCCGUUUGAUACGUUUGUUAAGACCUCAUAGUCGUCGAAUACUGGUAACACCGGGCGCUGUACCCUCCUAUGGUUUCUCUGUAAGAGGUGGCAAGGAGUUUAGUACGGGAUUUUUUGUAUCCAGUGUUGAUCGUAAUAGCGAAGCGGAACAGAAGGGUUUAAGGAUUGGUGAUCAAAUAUUGCGUAUUAAUGGAUUCAGAAUAGAUGAUGCCAUACACAAAGAAUUUGUGCAACUUGUUAGCCAUCAAGAACGUUUAACACUGAAAGUACGCAGUGUUGGCAUGUUGCCGGUAAAAGACAAAGAAAAUGAUGGUCUUACCUGGAAUGUGGUCAAGACACCCAGUAUUAGUUCCACCACCUCCGAAUGUUCUUAUCAAUCCUCGGAGCGUACGGAACGUACUCACAGCCGUAAUCAAGGUGAACGUGUUAUAAAUGUGGUGCUUAAUGUAGCACCACGCACCAAAUUGGGUUUGGGCAUUUGUAAGGGACCCGAAUGGAAACCGGGAAUAUUUGUACAAUUUACAAAAGAGAAAAGUGUGGCACGAGAGGCAGGCUUAAGACCAGGUGAUCAAAUUCUGACGGUAAAUAGUAUAGAUUUUUCAGAUGUACUAUUCAGUGAGGCGGUGGCAGUUAUGAAAAGUUCAAAUAAAUUAGAUAUGACAGUGCAUACUGGGGCCGGUUGUGAUCUAUUUCCCGGAGAAUCAAGUGGUUAUAAUAGUUCAGCUAGUUCAGUAACCGGAGAUCAAAGUCCCUGCUGGGCUGAUGUGAAAUCAAAGAGAUUAACUGCCGUCAGAGAGGAAAGUUCAAAUGGAGCAAAUUGGAAUCAACCUUUAUAUGCCAAUGAGCAGCGUAGAUGUCGUUCAAAAUCCAUAACCGAAAGAAGUGCAAAUUCCAACUUAACGGCCGCAACAAAUUUACCCGUAAGACAAAAUUCCAACACCGGCACCGCAACGAACUCUACAACACAGACAAAUGUUAAAAAGGAAAUUAAUAAAACUAUUAUUAAAUUAUCCGAAAAUGGUGCUACUUCCAUAAACAAUACAUUUGUGGAAAAUGCCACGCCUUCUUCGAGCACAGGCACCAUAAGAAAAACUUUGAGCCCUGUACAAAAAGACAACCGAGAGGAACCAGCUGCCAUGGAAGGCACCCUAACGAAAUUUAAUCAAACACCGAAAACACCCAAUAUAUUACCACCUCCACCACCCAUGGCCAUGUUAAAUCACACCCAACAUCAGCAUCAGCCACAAAAUCAUUCAUACAAUUUUGAUUUGAACUCAAAUUCUGCAACAUCAACGUCAUCUUCUAGCAAUACUUUCAACAAGUGUUUGCCACCUCAUGAGGAGGGCGAUAUUAAAAUUGGUGGCGUGGCUGCCACCAUGCAACGUUAUCAAUAUGCCAAUCUCCAAUUGGCUAAAUUGAAUAAAGCAGCGGCGACCACAACAGCUUCCGGCGAUAACUCAACAUACUCAAAUGUGAAUUUGAAUAUGGAAAGUGAGAAAUCGUCUGGUGGUUUUAACGAUGGAGGCAGUCUCUCAAGUGCCAUUACAGAGGAACUUAAGAAGAGAAAAGCGAGACGUCAACCUCCCGCCUUUAAAGAACAUGCUCCACAUAAUGAAAUGAAACCACUACAAUACGAAAUGAAACGUGAGAACAAUAAUAAUCAUCAACAACAACAACAACAUCACAACCAACAUCAUCAUCACCCAACAAGUCCAACAGCAGCAACAAAUUUAAACACAAAUACAUUGAAUGGCAAUGAUCAUCAUAAAACUGCAGCUGUGAAUAACAACAGCAGCAGCAACAACAUCAAUUGUAAUAAUAACAACAAUAAUACUCUCAAUGUUGUGGAUGAUCAACACAGUGCUUUAAUGAAUGAAUUCAAACAGGCCCAUAAACGCAUGUUUAAGAACGGCUUCAAAGAAUGUGGCGGCAGUGGGGAUUCUAUGGAAAAUCGGGAUCGAAAGGAGGCACUGUUAAAUACCACAAUAUUGGAUGAUGCUGGUACCUGUCGAUCUAAAGGACCUAAAAUAAACUCUCUAACACAAACAAACAACAACAGCAAAAUGAUACAUUGGACAGUAGAGAGCCAAACAAACAGGAGACAUAUAGUCAUAUACCAAAACCACCGCCUAAAGCCUCUACAGAUGACCAAUAACAACACCUAUAAAGUCAACAAUAACACAACAUCUGAACGUUUAACAAAUGGUGUUCAAAAUGGAAAUACUUACAAUGGCAAUGACACUUACAGCAGACCCAACAAAUCAUCAUCUGCCUCUACCAAUGGUUUCAACAACAACAACAACACUGCCACCAACAACACUCAAGCAAAUAGACAAACUUUACGUUUGGGUACUGUUACCAUAGGAGAAUACCGCCAACCUUCCAAUAUGAGAAGAGAACCAGAAAAAUUCGAUUUUCUAACGACGCAAAAGAAAGGUAGAGAUUCAGGUGAUACCACACCUACAAAUGAGGCCUUACAAAGUGAAUUACGUACUCUGUCACGUGCAAAUCUACGCAAAUCCAAUGGCAAUUCAUAUACCGAACAUCAGCGUAAUUGUCCUUUGCAUCAGCAACAGCAGCAAUUGCAACAACAACAACGCCAAAGUGUGGAUUAUGGCAAUAAUGGUUUUUCGGUAGAGGAAAUGUCUAAGAAAUUACAAAAAUCAUCCAUAAAUGAUAAUAAUUCGGGGGAAAUGUUAACGAAAACAAAUAAUCGGGCGGUGAAUGGUGCCUCUGGAACGACAGGUGUUGGUAUUUUAAAGAAUGGUAAUCGUAAUGGCACCAGUAGUAGUAAAUCUACCGAGAAUCGAUUAAGUUGGUUAAUGUUUAAGUAA